AUGGCAUCGAAUCCAUUAUCUGUAUUGAUGCCAAUAAAGACAUUGAAUCCAGAAGUGGACGACUAUUGGCUGUCAGUACCGGCGACCGUGAAAACCAUCGAUGGUCUCAAACUACAUGUACUGACCAAUGAAGCCAUCGACACAGACAUCAAUGUCCUCGACCUACACCUCUAUAAGUCCAAUGGUAUACUUCGCGGCCAAUCGUCCAUCGCUGGUGUUAUUAGAGACAAAGAUCGCAUCGAAAUGCGGAUCAAAUGUAAAUGUGUGGCCAAACGGUCUAAGACUACACCGACUGUCACCCGACCGACACCUGUGGCCAGGGAUGGACAGACUCCGCGAUCGCCACUGACUCCGGCGGCCAUUGACUCGCAGUCCCUAUCAUUACUUCACGACUUCUAUAAGACGCUCUCUAAGCAGAUCCAGUCACUGACCGCCAGUCAAAGAGAAACACUAGUCAUCAAAGACAGGGAUGGAUUGGCCGCGCAAUUGACAAACAAAGAUAAUGAGCUUAAGAGGCAGACAAAGAGUAUGUCCCAAGAGUUGGAGACCGAGCGCCAGCGUUGCCAUCAGUUGCAGCAACAGAUUCAGUCGCUGAUCGCCGAUAAGACAUCGGCCAUCAAAGACAGGGAUCUAUUGUUCGCACAAAUAGGCGAUAAGGAUAACGAGAUGCGGAGACAAUUAGAGAUUUUGUCCGUAGACUACGAGUCCCAACGCCAGCGUUGCGUUGAGUUGCAGCAACAGAUCCAACUGAUGGACACUAACAAGUCUAUGGCCAUCAAAGAAUGGCACAAAAUGGUCGCACAAUUGGCCGAUAAAGAUAAUGAGCUGAAGAAUAUGGCCCGAGAGAUGAAGACCGAACGCAACCGUUGCUAUCAUUUGCAGCAACAGAUCCAGUCGCUGACCGCCGACAAGACACUGGCCAUCAAAGAAAAGGACAAAAUGGCCGCAGAAUUGGCACAAUUUAAGAAUAAGGCAGCGCUGGCACAGAAUGUGGCCCAAGAUGUUAAGAGACCCUUUGGUUACGACGAAUUUAUUAAAAAGUUGCGUACAUUGUCCACAGACAGGUCCCGCACACCGGUCUCCCCUUUGGCCAGACUUUCCAUUCCCGGAACCCCUGGCCAUCGGUUUGGAGCUGAUCCCAGCGCUCAAACAUUGUGUCCAGAAGUGGACGACUAUUGGCUGUCAAUAUCGCCGUCACUGAAGACCAUCGAUGGUCUCAAACGACAGAUACUGACAGACAAUUGCAUCGUCAAAGACAUGGAUGACGUGCAGCUCUAUCUCUACAACGGCUUACUUCGUGGCAACGCUUCCAUCGGUGAUGUCCUCCAAAAUAGAGAUUGCAUUGAAUUGCGGGUAAAGUUUGCGGACACAAAGCGGAUCAGCUCUUUGGUGGACAAUAAUUUUGGGAGACAUAAAAGGAUUAAAAGUUCUUCUAUUGAUUGCAUUACUGUCGACAACUCCGACGACGAGUCAAUGAGUAGUCGAUCGGGUGUUCAGAUUAUCGUUAAGACAGAAAGCGGUUCCAUGUCUUCACCAAAAGUGGUCAUCAAAUCGGAGGUUAUGAGCGAAACAGAAGACACCGAAAGUGUUGACAAAUCAAUGAAUGUCUGCGAAGACAAUGUAAAACAGGAAGUAAUAGUAAAGAGUGAGUCCAAUAUAUCGUCGGCAGCGGUGGUCAGUGACGCCGAAGCCGCGCACCAAUGGCUACCCUAUAGCCAGCCGUGCGGGACAUGUGAUUACUUGGGCUGCGAAGGACAGGCGUGUGGUGUCGCCCCCUCUGAUGGCAAUGAUAUGGCUAUUGAAUGGCUGGAGUGUCGGUCCCGUUGCGGUCUGGCCUUUAAGAGUAGAGCACUGUUGGCCAAACAUCACCUUAACUCACAUCCCAGAGCUUUCCCAGACAUACCACGGAUUAAGUGUCAACACAUGGGCUAAGUGGAGAACUAUGUGUUGCCAAUACCACCGACAGUGACGACCAUCGAUGGUCUCAAACGACAUAUACUGACAGACAAUUGCAUCGACAAAGACAUGGAUGACGUGCAGCUCUAUCUCGUCGGUACCUCUAGCAGCUUACUUCGUGGCCAUCUAUCCAUUCGUGGUAUUCUCUGCAAUAGAGAUACCAUUGAAGUACGAGUCAAAUAUCGGAUCAGCUCUUCGAUGGCCAGAAUUAAUAGGACUAGAAGUUCGUCGAUUGAGUGCUUAAAUAUUAUGAAAUUGGCGAAAACAAUGGCACUACAAGUGGAACCGCAACCAUCACCGCCGGGAAGUGACCACCAGUCGGACCAAUGGCUGCGCGUAUGCCCUGAACCGGACUGUGGCUAUAGGACUGCGUCCAAAGUAGACUUCAAUCACCAUAAGCUGAUCCAUAGGGCGCGCUGUCAACUGUGUUUUUACACGUUUAAGAGUAUACACCGAUUGAACAAACAUCACCUCAGAUCACAUCCCAAUGACUUCCCAACCAUUCCGUGGAUUACUUGUCCGCACAAUGGCUGCCGGUUUGCCACUAAAGACAGUUCCGUGAAGACAUUGCGCUCAGAAGUAGAGGACUAUUGGCUGCCAAUUCAGCCGACACUGAAGACAAUCGAUUGUCUUAAACGACAGAUACUGUCCAAUGAAUGCAUCGACAAAGACAUGGAUGACGUGCAGCUCUAUCUGUCCGAUGGCUUACUUCGCGGCGACUCAUCCAUUGGUGAUGUCCUCGUAAACAGAGAUCGCAUUGAAUUGCGGGCCAAACGGCGGAUCAACUCUUUGCCCGACUCUACUGUUGGUCACCAAAUGAAGUCAGAGCCAGCACUUGAAUGCAUUACUGUCGAGGAUUCAGAUGACGAGACAAUGGGUGACACAUCGGGUGUUCAGACAAUUGUUAAGACCGAAAGCAUUUCCGGGAAUCAAUUGAAUGGCAACGACAAGCCAUCGAUAGUUUCCUCAACAUCUGUGGCAAAUCAUUUGGAGAUAUCUUUGCCACCAAAAGUGGUCAACUCUUCAGCGGUCAGCACUUCUGGCUAUAAAAAGAGUAAAAGUGUUGUGAAUGAGUGCUUCACUAUCGAGGACUCGGAUGACGAGUCAAUGAGUGUCCGAUCGGGUGUUGAGAUCAUCGUUAAGAUUGGAAAUCAAUUGAAUGCUUUGCCAGAAAGUAGAGACAAAUGGGCAACGAUUUUCAAUUGGGAUCCAAUUGUUAGUCAAUCACAAGCCAAUAGUGAUGCGCCAAAAGUGAUGACCAAAUCGGAGGCCAAACGAAAAUCAGAGACAAAACCGGUCAACAAAUCAAUGAAUGAGUCCAAAGUUCGGGUGAUAACCGAUACUACGGCCAGUAUGUCGUCGGCAGCGGUGGUCACACAAUCGACCGAUAAAUGUCACACAACAAGCGUUGCCACCAAAACAAUGAGACCCAAAGCCACUGGACAUCUAAAUCUAAGCCGAGCGCCGGGAAGUGGUCGCCGAAGUGGUGGCCGUAAGUUGCGUGGGAUUCGGUGCCGAAGACCCGGAUGUAAUUACGAGUCUUUUAGCGUAACUGAUCUGAAGAAUCACGAGUGCGGCCGUUAUCUCAAAUGGCAGUUAUGUGGCGGUAAGGCUCGCCGAUCACGCGCUGACCACUCGGCGGCCACUCAAUGGUCUGAUCGUCCGAUGAAUAUCUGUUUGUUUAAGAUUAAGAAUAUAUCUCACAAUUGA